GUUGGGAUGCUUAUUGGGCUCUACUCCCUCUGCGAGGUCAUCUUCUCCCCAUUGUGGGGCACCUUUGCAGAUAAGGUCGGCCGCAAGCCGGCAUUGUUGAUUGGCCUCGGUGGAUCCUGCAUUGCCCCAGUGAUGUUUGGUUUGGGGACUUCAUUGCCAACCAUCUUUGCAGCCAGGGCGUUGGAUGGCUUCUUCUGUGGAAACAUAGGAGUCACUCGAACCUACCUGGGUGAGAUCGUUGACGAGAGCAAUGAGGCGAAGGGUUUCAGCUUCUUGGCACUGUGCUUCUCGGCGGGGCUUUUUGUGGGGCCCAUCCUGGGAGGUGAGUUGCUUGGCGCGGCCAAUUGGGCGCCUUGGGCGCCUUGGGGAUGGGAUGGAUGGAUGAUGGUUGAUUGGAUUUUGAAGGUUGAAAAGUGGAGCUGUGUGGCAGGGAGGAUAAAAGAGGUCAAGGGAUCGCUUUCGAUCAAGGCUCAAUACAUCACCAGCUCCUUCGGAGAAGAAAGGUUGGUUGUGUGA